AUGCGGUCGAUUAACGGGACAUGGUUAGCUGCACUGGCCUUGAGCUGGACAGGGACGGUACAGGCUCAAUCUGAGUGCAGCACAAUAACCAAAACAUCUUAUGCUGUUGCGACAACGGUGACGGAUAUCUCUAGCUUCCGUUCGUCCCUGAACAGUCGAUUCUCUACCCCGGGCGUCUCUUGGUCGGGGGCACGAGUCCCAUACUAUUCAACCGUGCUUACUGGAGGAAAUGGGGUUCCAUAUACAGGCAUAUAUUACUAUGAUUCUCAUGCUCUUUCAAGCGCUGGGUAUGAAGUCAUCUCAGCGCCCCAUACAACGAUAAGCUGUCCUCCAACCACAACUCCCACGCUCCCUCCAUCGCCAACAGGAUCCGGCAUUGUGAUCCCGUUACCACUUCGACCGGGACUCAAGUUCCCACAGAAACGUGCAGCCCCCAUGGGGAUCACUGGCAUUGUCCACCUGGUGUCCCUGAACCGACCACACCUCCACCUACCACUACAACUUCAUCUUCAGCUGCGACGGAGUGUGAGCCCCACGGGGACCAUUGGCAUUGUCCUUCUGGUGUCCCCGAACCCACAACACCUCCACCGACCACUAUCAGCACCUCAUCAGCCAUCAGCUCGUCGUCAGCUAUCAGUACGUGCGAGCCUCAUGGAGAUCAUUGGCACUGUCCAUCUGGAGUUCCUGAACCUACGACACCACCAUCACCAAGUUCUGCUUCCACUUCCACUCUGGGGAAGUGUGAAGCCCACGAUGAUCACUGGCACUGCCCUCCAGGUGUCCCUGAACCAACUACACCCCCACCAAUUACCACCAGCUCCUCGUCAAUCGUCAAUGAGUGUGAGCCACAUGGAGACCAUUGGCAUUGCCCUUCAGGUGUUCCUCAGCCCACAACGCCACCAUCACCAAGUUCUUCCUCCACUUCUAUCGCGGAUGAGUGUGAGGCUCAUGGUGAUCAUUGGCAUUGCCCAUCAGGCGUUCCUGAACCAACGACACCGCCAAAUACCCUCCCAAAUCCCACUACUUUACUAUCCAUCACAACAUCAAGUGGUUCAUGCACGGUUCAUGGAGACCAUUGGCACUGUCCCCCCGGCGUAUCAGAACCCGCAACGAAACCAAACACCCUCGAAUCAAUCCACUUUGAAACGAACUUCCUUGUCGGCCACCCAGGAGAUCGGGCCUCCUGCCACGAAGACAGCUAUUAGUAGUGUAAGCCCUACGGUUGUGCCAGUGUCUGAUAGUUCCAAGGUAGAUAUUUAUCGGCAAUGGGUUGUAGUUGCUUUUAUACCGGCUAUCUUCCUCCUUGCAUAG